AUGGCAACUGCACCAAUAACAGAUAACUCCCCAAAAUCCUUACUAAAAACCGUGGAAGGUAAAAAUGACGAAAAAUUAGAAAAGAAAUUAACUAUCCUUGAAUCGCACGGAUACAUUCUUGGUAAAACAAUAGGUACCGGUUCGUAUGCCACUGUAAAAAAGAUUGCCAAAUCUAAUCGGCAUGAUUGCCAAGUAGCAGUAAAAAUUGUUUCAAAGUUUCAAGCACCCGGCGAUUAUUUAAAAAAAUUUUUGCCUCGUGAGAUAGAAGUUGUUAAAGGUUUAAAACAUCCAAAUCUAAUUCGUUUUCUUCAAGCAAUCGAAACAACUCACCGCGUUUAUAUAAUUAUGGAAUAUGCUCGAUGCGGUAGUUUAUUGGAUAUGAUAAGGCAUGAUACGUUUAUCGAUGAAUUCCGUAGCCGUCGAUGGUUUCGGCAAUUAUUAGAAGCUAUCGAUUAUUGUCAUGGACGUGGUGUUGUACAUAGAGACAUCAAAUGCGAAAAUCUUUUAAUGGAUCAGAACUUCAAUAUCAAAUUAUCCGAUUUUGGAUUCGCACGUGGACAAAUGAAAUCGAAGAACGGUAUAGCUCCGUUAAGUGAAACUUUCUGCGGUAGCUAUGCUUAUGCUUCACCAGAAAUAUUAAAGGGUGUUCCAUAUUUACCUCAAUUGUCUGAUGUAUGGUCCAUGGGAGUAGUACUCUAUGCAAUGGUUUAUGGUCGACUACCAUUUGAUGAUACAAAUUACAGCCAACUUCUAAAGGUACCCAGCAAGUACAAAAUAAAGUUAUAUUUCCUAAAGAACCAAACGUGUCUCAAGCUUGUCGUUCACUUAUCUCACGAAUACUUGUAUCGCAACGAAUACGAUUGCAUAUUGAUCACAUAAGAAAUGAUGUUUGGCUUGCUACGUCUCUUGUUACCGCCCAGACCUCUACUAGCGACAUUUUAACAGUAAUAUUUCAAAUUCUUUGUUUUAUAUGUUGCGCUAAUGGUUAGUAAUAUAUUUUAUAUAAUUUCGAAGGAUAUUCCUAUAGUACCGAAUAUAAAGAAAAUAGCAAGUGAAAAGAACAAAGGAACAAAAAGGCAUGCGACUGGUAUUGAAGCGUCAGUUACCGACGUUCGGUCAUCUAAUUUCAGCAUUUCAGAUGAAAGCAGCAAUCGAUACCGCUGUUUGAAAUAAAUUCCAAGUCUCUUAUCUCCAAACUCCAAAGGACAUUUUCUUGAUUUUCCGUAUUUCGUUUAAUAUUAAAAUUAUCACAAUAUUAUGGCA